GCAAUGCCGCCACCUUGCCUCGCUUAAACGUUUUCGCUUGCACAGUUCAUUUAAUUUCAUUACAAAGUACAAAAUUUGGGGAACGGUUGCCUGAUCAAGUUUUUAAAUCGGUUUUUAUUCUGAUCAAGCUAUAAGUAUUUUUAAAGAUGGAAAGUGCGAAUAAACUGGAUAACAACUCCGGGCCGAUGCCACAACGGCAGCAGCGGGGUAAUCAACAGCCUAAUAAAAAUCUCGGGAAGCAUAAUACCCAGAAGCAAAACGAUUCUGCCGAUGGAGGUCCGUCGGAAAAGAAGCCACGAUAUACUGGACCAAAUACCCAGAACCAGAACCAGAAUCAGAAUCAAAAUCAAAACCAGAAUGGUGGUGUAACGGGAGGCGGCAAUGGUGGUGGUGAUGCUGGCCCCAAUCAAAAUAGGAACUUUGGAAACAACAAGGGUGGAUUCGCCGCGAACCGCAAUCGCAACAAUCGUGGCGGCAAUCAAAACCGGAGUUUUGGAGGCCCAAAUAAUGCUAAUCAAAAUAAUGAAUCACCAAAGCCAGACGUUGUCAAUGUACCGGCAAAGAGCAAUGAAACUCCAGCUGCUGGCCAAAAUCAAAAUCAAUUGAAUCAGAAUGCUAACAAGGGUCAAAAUCAACGACAAGGUCAAAACCAAAAUCAGAUUCACGGUCAAGGAAAUCAAGGAGGACAAGGAAACCAGGGAGGACAUGGCAAUCAAGGAGGACAGGGAAAUCAAGGAAAUGGGCAUGGUUUCCGAGGACGCAACAUUGGUAACAACCAAAGUGGAGGUGGUGGUGGCGGUCCUGGUGGACCCCAGAAUCAGCAGCGUGACAACAGAAACCGAGGUCAACGCUCUAGCGGCGGUCCAGGUGGUAUGAACAACUCCAAUAUGGGUGGCGGCGGUGGUCAACGCGGCGGUGGAGAAGACUUCUUCAUUGCCCAGCGAUUGCGUAGCAUUUCAGGACCCACCUAUGAACUGGAACCGAUUGAAGUGCCCACCGAGACGAAAUUCUCUGGACGUAAUCGUCUUUAUGUCGGCAAUCUUACCGGAGACAUUACCGACGAUGAGUUGCGCGAGAUGUUCAAGCCUUACGGAGAGAUCAGCGAGAUCUUCUCGAACCUAGACAAGAACUUUACAUUCCUUAAGGUUGACUAUCAUCCCAAUGCCGAGAAGGCCAAACGUGCCUUAGAUGGAACAACACGAAAGGGACGCCAGUUGAGGGUAAGAUUUGCGCCCAAUGCUACCAUUGUGCGAGUGAGCAAUCUGACUCCGUUCGUGUCUAAUGAGUUACUGUACAAGUCCUUUGAAAUCUUUGGACCCAUCGAGAGGGCCAGCAUUACGGUCGAUGAUCGUGGCAAGCACACUGGCGAAGGUAUCGUUGAGUUUGCCAAGAAAUCAUCUGCCAGCGCUUGUCUGCGAUUGUGCAAUGAGAAAUGCUUUUUCCUUACGGCUUCUCUUCGUCCGUGUUUUGUUGAUCCAAUGGAGGUGAACGAUGACAAUGAUGGUCUGCCGGAGAAGGCGUUCAACAAGAAGAUGCCCGAUUACAACCAGGAGCGAAGCAUUGGUCCGCGUUUCGCCGAUCAAAACUCGUUUGAGCAUGAAUAUGGAUCGCGCUGGAAGCAGUUGCACAAUCUCUUCAAAACCAAACAGGAUGCUCUGAAACGUGAGCUGAAAAUGGAGGAAGACAAGUUAGAGGCGCAGAUGGAGUAUGCUCGCUAUGAACAGGAAACGGAACUUUUGCGUCAAGAGUUGAGAAAGCGCGAGGUGGACAACGAGCGUAAGAAAUUGGAGUGGGAGAUGCGCGAGAAGCAGGUCGAGGAGAUGCGCAAGCGCGAGGAGGAGACAAUGCGACGCCAUCAGGGUGAGAUGCAGAAUCACAUGAAUCGUCAGGAGGAGGACCUACUUCGUCGCCAGCAGGAGAACACUCUGUUUAUGCAGGCACAGCAGCUUAACUCGUUGCUAGAUCAGCAGGAAGGCUUCAGCAGCGGUGGAGGCAAUGGUGGCAAUAACAACUCCAGUUUUGACAACUUCGGUGGAAACAGCAAUUCACCAUUUGAAGUUUUUAGAGGCAAUAAUAACAACAAUUCCACAAUGAUUGGAAACAAUUCCGGUCCCAAUGCACAGGACUCCUUCGCUUUUGAAUUUGGGGUUAACAAUAUGAACCAAGGCGGAAAUCAACGUGGAAAUAAUGGCGGAGGAAAUAAUGUCCCAUGGGGACGACGACGUUUUUAGACACUGGAUCGAUAAGGAUGAAUAACAAAAAAAAAAAAAACGCAAUCUCUAAAGCAAUUGAUUACGUUUCACAUUUUGACUAUGCUCGUUUAUGAGCUAACAAUAAAUAUAUACGCUAACAUAAUUACGGAGAUCGUCCAAUCGAAUGCAACCCAAAAAAGAAAAAUAUUAUAUAUGAUUUGAUUUAAUAUUUAGCCAAAUGCUAUCUAUCACUCGUCUAUCGGUCUUAAUGUGAGAGCAACUAUGAAACUCUAAGUAAUGGCAUGCAAAAAGGAUGAACCCUAAAAAAAUAUUAUACUAUCCAAAUCCCUUAAACAAAAAUGAUUGUUUAUGAAGUGCAGUACUUGCACAAAAAUAUCAAAUCAUUACGUACAUCUUAUAUAAUCAUAGCGAUAAUUUUUAGAUUAUGUAUUUGGUGACUACACUCUCCAGCAAUAUUACUCUUUCUUUUAUCUAUCAUUCAAAUUAACUAUAUCAAGUUAUAAUUAUACUAAUCGACUAAUUGAAUUCAAAGGCGAAAACCUAACAUUAUUUGAAAAAAGUAAAAAUAACACGUCGAAUAACGGUAAGUAUUUCGUAUGAGCAGAUGAAUAAAAAGCUCUAUCUAAUCUGGAUUUACAAUAGGAUUAGUCUCAUUCGAUUUGCACACAUGGAAAUUUCUGUUAUGCAGACAAUAUUCUACGCUUUCCCAUAUAUAAUUUUCAUUUUUGUUUUUAAAUUAACUUAUAAUCUAAAAAUGAGAAGUAGUCGAAAUUUAGAAUAUUGUAGGUUAAAUAUCUCUUCAGUCUAAAUUAUAGAUUGCAAUUUAGAAAACUCACUCUGUCAUUAAUGAACUUAUACUAUUAAUAGAUUUUUGAAGCGAAAAUAAAGCCGAAACUACAAAAAACUCUGAGAGCUUUCUAUUCCAACUGAAAAUGUUUUCCCCAAUACCUUUUUUCAUUUUAAUUUGAAAUUUUAUUUUCAUUUAUUUUUAAUACUUUGCAAUAGUCUCUGGGCUUUAUACGCCUUGAAGAUAUCUGGCAAAAACUGUAAGUUAGUUGCACAUAAUAUUAAAUUUUAAAAAUAAGGUGACUUGGGUUUAAUAUUCAAUUGGUUUUGGAAAUCAUUUAUAUUCUCCUUUUUCAUAAAAUUUAAAACAUUGUUUUUUCUUUAUUUUAAGAUCUUUUUAGAUCGUGUCAGUACAUUAAUAAAAUGUGGUCUGAUACUCACAGACUUUUCCAGCAUUUUCCAAAACAUCAAAACGUCGCGUAUAUAUAGUUUCCCGGCUAGAAUGAUCCAACACUUCUUUGUGUCUUACACCUAUACCCACCCUAAUGUUUCGUCAAUUUAACCUUAACUAAUCCACAAAACAAACAAUUAAUUGUUAUUUGUAAAAAAAAAAUGACACCUAAGUAUAUAGAAAAAAGUCCUUCAAUUAAAUAAACAUCAAACCAAAAACAAAACUUGAAAUGUUAAACAUUUUUUUUAUACUGAAUGCUGGCACAAUUUCACUUUCACAAAGUUUAGCAAUGGAAAUAAAAUUAAUGUAACAAAA